AUGGAUAAGUACAAGGUGCAUUGGCGCUUUCAAGGAGCAGACGGUCGCGAAGAAGGAGGCGGGACGUUUCUCGUGCAGGACGAUGUGUCGCUGUUGAUCGUGGGCGGAAGCGAGCCCAUCACAACGCCAGGACCGUCGGUCGGAAGUUUGCAAGAAGGAGACGAGCUCGUUUGGGAGCUUCGAACGAUUACCGUCGAGUCCGUCCUUGAGCGUGCCCGCCCCUCUUCUGCAACCCUCACUUCCUCGCAUGGCGCCACGCUCUCUCCGCAAGCGACCCUGUAUCCUCUCCUCCCUUCUCCCCCAGUCUCUCCCGGAACGAGGCUGGACGACUCCGUGUGGAACGAGGACGACGACACGCUGCUCCAUCGUUCCGUGGCUCGUGAGGUCUUUAAGGACCUGCGAUACACGAAACAGAAAGAGUACGUCUGGGACCACGUCGUCGUUCAUGGUCGUGCGGUCGCAGACGACGGAACGCAGACUCUGAGUUCUGCCUCGCGUCGCCGUCUCGCUCAACACGCGCUCAGUCAGCUCGACGACCCGCUCCCUGCCAGCACCGUGCCCCAGCCCUCCUCCGCCCACCUUCUCUCCCUCCCCGACUCCAUCCUCGCCAAGAUCUUCGCCUACGUCCAGCCUCUGGGUCAGAGCUUCUCACCUAUCUGCCGCCAUCUCCUUCCUUUCACAAGCGGCUUGAUCGCUGCGAUCGACGCCGCCUUCUCGGGCGAGGCCUUCCCAUCCCCUCGUCGCGCGCCUCAAGCCCAUCCGCUCCAUCCGCUCUCUCCCUCUGCAUUCGAGACGCUUGCCGCCCUCCUCCGGUCCGUCCAAGCCCAGCAAGCGCGCCUUGCACGCCCUCUCGCAGACUUCCUCGUCAGGAUCAGUCGCGGGGGCGCACUCGGACCCGCUGGAAUGCUCGGUAAGACGGACGGGGGCAUGGCGGGAUACAACGACGUGUACAGUGAGGCGUUGCGCUCGCAUUUGGAGAUGGAAACAUGGGUUGCGGCGGAGGAUGUCGAACGCAUCAUCGACGACGUCCAACGCGUGAGCCACCUGCAGACGCCCGUGCAGCAUCUGGGGUGGUAUCCGCCCGACUACGAGCUCACAAUCUUCGACUCGUAUACGACUUCACUCCUUUACGAGCGGUUUGGAUUUGCCGACCCUAUUACCGACGACCUCCUCAACAAGCGCACGCCUCUGCCUACCCACCUCUCGCUCCCUCCGACUGCUCGAACUCUACCGGAUCCCGGUCUGCGCAAGGCGACCGAGCCUCACGACACGGGCUUAGAAGAUCGCCUCUCACGGCUCGUACUCGACCGUUUCCUCGCAACGAUUCCCCGACUUCUCGCAGGCGACACCUUCCUGAUCGCUGGCGGCAGACAGAUCCGAGACUGUUUCAAGCGCGUCGUCCCGGAGAUUGGGAGUGUCAAAGUCUGCAUGGUCGACGUCCAGCUGCCCAUUCGCUCCGGAGGGAACAAGUACCUCACCCUCCCCGGCACUUCGGCCACUGUUCCCGUCCAAAUCGCCUUCGCCAACAUCGAGGGUCGUCUCCAGGUCUCGUCCGUCGCGGCUUUCGUCACCCACUGGUCGUCGGGAAAGAUUCGGUCGAGGUUCGGUGGUGGCAUGCAGGCUUUUGCGGCCUCCAGUGGACUUGACGGCUUCGAGAACUUGGGCCACCUCCUAGCGCUCGGGCUCGACACUCCUCCGACCCUCUCGUCUUGCUUUGCGGCUGAUACCUUCCCCGGUCGUUUCGUCCUCCGUACCGACCCGAAGGAAGUCAUCCGGCGACAAGAUGCACACGUCGUCGAGGAGCGCGCGAGGGGUUUCCCCAAGACGGUCGCCGAGAUCUCUCUCGAGAUUCUCCAGCUGCACGUCCUGUCCGGGAACCUUCUCGACGUCCCUCCUCCUCACGCUUCUUCGGUCGGAGAAAUCGCGCCCCUCAUCCCCGCGGCUCGUAACCCUCCUCCCUCGACCACCUCCAUCCUCUCGUAUCUUUCCGCCGUCACCAACAAGGCCUCCCUCGCCCGACCCAUCCGCCUUCCCUCCGGCAAGCUCGUCCCUCUUCGUCCGACUGCCACCAAAGGCGGACAUGUCCGUGGAAGGGUCUCGGCGGGAAUCGCCGUCCAAUGGACCGACGACUUCUUGCGCGAGACUCUCGACCUCGUCAACGCGCUCGGUGGUCGCAAGGCGCGCGCUCAAGUGCUCGCUGAGCUGGCUCGUCGUCAUCCGGAGCUUCCCUUCCUGCGCCGCACCACUCCCGACUUGUUCUACGAGGCCUUCUUGAUGGCGAGGGUUCGGGCGCGGAAAGGCGGAUCACAUUCCGCUGCGACGUCGCAAGAGCUCGGCGCCUUCGCGCACAUCCUCAUCUGGACGCCGGCUCUCUUCGACGCGAUCGAGAAGAAGAUCGAGAUGUACGGUGGAACGCAGGCGGGGAAGUUCGAUGACCGCGUCCAGCAGGAGCUCGUCAAGGAGUUCCCCGACAUGUCUGCCCUCGCUCGCAUGACCCCGUCCCAGCUCGUCGUAUCGUACCGCGCUUUCAAGACGCAUGCCAAGCAGGCGCAGCGCAAGAAGGACGUGAAGGCGGGCAAGGAGGUCGAGCCGUCGACUAUGAUCAGAUGGACAGACAAGCUGUACGAGGCGGCGGAGGCGAAGUUCAAGAAGUAUCCCGGCUCCAAGGAUUCCGCGUGCGACCCUCGCAUCCUGACGGAACUGGCGGCGGAGCACUCUGCCUUCUCGGUUCUCGCGAAGGUCACGCCGGUCCAAUUCUACCAGCGCCUGGCCGUGCAACGCUCGAACCGCCGCGCGAAGACCUCUGCCUCUCUCCAGCCCCCGGCGCCAGGCUCGGCCUCGUCCGCCGACCCCCCUCAGCCCGUCGCGUCUGUCUCCCUUCUCCCUCCGCCAGCUCCGCCUGCUGCUGCUCUCCUCUCCCAAAACGUCGGGAGCUCCUCGACUUCGCCGCUCGACACCCCUUCCCAGCAGCCCUCCUCCCGCCGCAAACGCACUGCCCCGGAACCCGACGACUCGUUCGCGGCCCUCGCUCUGCCGGCGUCGUCCGACCAGGCUCCGCAGGCUUCGACCAGUGCCGGACCACCCGCCUCUGCGACGUCUAAUCAGCAAGCGGUGCCCGUCAAGAAGCCCCGCAAGGCGAGGUGGAAAUGGACCGCGGAGCGCGAACAGCGGAUGCAGGAACUACUCGCUGAGUUCCCUCCGGUCAAGGCGCAAGGCGGUACCCGCUUCCAAGCGGAGAUGGUCAGACGGUUCAAGGCGAGCGAGCCUGAUGACCAGCGGCUGCAGGACAUGGACGCCCAGGAGCUUCAGGAGGUAUGGCGCCGCCUUUUGCGCACGAAGACGAAACGGGCAAAGCAGGCAAAGGGUGCUGGAGCUGGCGGCGGCGGUAAAGGAGGAGGAGGUGGCGGUGGCUCGAGCGGGCAAGCGGAAGAGAUGGAUGUCGAUGAGUAG